UCGGUGCGUAGAUUAUGGCAUUCUAGCACCAAUGUGUAUUAAGUGCACUAUUUUUGAACGCACUUUCUUUUUGUUGCCUUGCUUGUAAGUUAAUGGAGUGUUUUUGUUCUGCUGGUGUAACGUUUGUUGAGAUUUUUCUGUGUUCCCCUGUUUAGGGGAGUUAGCUUGGGAUUGGAAGUCUACGCUGGUGACUAAAGACAGCAGUGUCAGAGUGUGUUGUGUUUUCGAACAUUAAUGUGUACGUUGUGGGACAGCAAGGGGUAGAAUUAUUAUUUAAUUAAUAAAUUCACAGUCUUAAAAUGUUCAAUGUCAUUACUCCAUUAGUUUGUCAUCAUACUUAUAUUUAUAUCAUUAAAUAUUUACAUUGUUACCAGUGAGUCAUUUAUUUAUUGUAAGCACGAAGGUGCCUGGUUAAAUGUCAGGGGCCCGGGCAAACGAGCUAAGGCCUUAACAUAACCCUGACAGUUGGGGGCUCGAGUCCGGCUGUGACUACCAGUCACAGAACUAUAAUUUCAAUCAUUAUAUAAGUUUUAGUUACUUGAUUAUGUAGCAGCAGUGUCUACAAUCUAAUAAUUGUUUACAUAGUAUUGCAUCACAAUCUACUGUACUAAUAUUGAAUUGUGUACCAUUGGCAACGAUGUAUAUCGAAAGUAGCAGAUAAAUACAAUAAAUACAUCCUUUGUGAUAUAAGUGAUAUAACACUAUAACUAUACUGUACUAUAUACUAUAUAACUAUUGUAUUGCAAGAUUGAAACACAUUUGUAUUUUCUUGUUUUCUAUAUUGUGCUUCACCUUCGAACGAGUGUCUUCUCGCUCCCGGCAACAAGCGAACGUGAGUGUAAAGUGGCUGUUGGUAACUACUGAAGUCUGAGGCUACUAGUAUUGUGUUGGAUGGUCCUGUGGCAACUAUAUUUCGACGCUGUGGCCUGAGUGAGGCACUUUCCUCCGACGUGGGAUACUGCACAGAUAGGUUUCUUUCUUUGCCAUUUAACCGCAGGCUCUAGGCUUUAGUUGAUCUCUUGUACAAUUAGUAGAAUUUUUUUGGUUCCCAUAUUGUAUAUAAUUUAAAUAUAAUACAGCCAAGUAGUGUACAUUGUAUUUACCAUGGAAACUAGGUUGACAAUUACUGCCCAGUUUAUAAGUGAUGGUCGUUCUCUGGGGUACGAAGGUGAAAGGUUAGAGAGGUAUGUGGCUGAGCAGAAAGAAGAUUAUGAAAAAGCCAAGAAAGAGGAUUUUGAACGAGAAAAGGCUAGAUUUGAGAGAGAGGAAAGAUUGAAGGCAGAGGAGAAGGCCAGAUUUGAACGUGAGGAGAAGGCCAAGCGUGAGGAACACGAGAGGUGGAAAGAAAGAGAUGCCAGGGAGGAACUCAAGAGGAAAGAGGAGAUGGAACUAGAAAGAAUGAAGGAAAAGUCAGCAACAGCGGCUGGGACGGCAACACAGGCAGAGGUGCGGCCUAGAAAUGUUUUAGAUAAACUUGACAAGAGCUUCCAGGGAAUGAAGGAAGACGAUGACCUGAUGGCAUAUUUAACACACUUUGAGGCCGUCGCAACAAGAUGCAAGAUCGAUAGAAAGGAAUGGUCAUUGCUCCUGUCCUAUAAACUAACUACCUUUCUAAGAAACUGUAUGCUGCGUGACAGUCUGUUUUUGAAUGAAAAUUAUGAGGAAGUGAGGACCGUAUUACUCCGACAUGCGGAUAUAAACGCGGAAACCUGCCGCAAGAGGUUCCACCGGGUAAAACCACGACAGAAUGAUUUUAGGGGUUUUGUCACUGUGACAGGUGGGGAAAUGUGA